AUGUACCCACGUAACACGUAUAGACGUUCCGGUGUACUUGCAAAAGGAAGCGGUCCAUUACACGGUGCUGCUGUUGCCCGACGAACACCGCGAAGCCCUGUUCGCGCUGCUCGACUUCCUGUUCCGGGUUUCGUCCAGGAGCAACGUGAACCAGAUGUCCGCCAGCAACCUGGCCGUGUGUUUGGCCCCGUCGCUGUUCCACCUUGGCAACACCGGCUCCUGGUCGUCGUUGCACCCGCACGGCGGCUCCGUCGGCGGGUGAACGCCGUCCAGCCCGGCCACGUCGCACAACCGUUCGUCGUCCUUGUCGCCACGCCGGAACCACCAUCAGUCGUCUGCCGCCUCCGCCGCCACUAUCGGUCUGCCCGAUUCCAAGCAGCUGGGACAGAACAAGGCGGCGCACGACUGCUUGCUGUUCCUCAUCAAGCACUACCGUCAACUGUUCGCCAUACGUAUAUAUUAUUAUACGUCAUGCACACAGCCGCGUAA